CAGACGCUCACCGGUGGGGGGGCGAGCCGCCUCGUUGUUAUGGCGACGGCCCGGUUGGCCCGGGCCCUGCGGGCCACCGCUGCGGGCAGCGGGGGGCUGCGUGGUCCCCGGGGCGCCGGGGUCCCCCGGAGGCUGAGCGGCAGCGCGCGGGGCGCCAGCCCGGGCCGGAGGCUCAGCACCGCCUGGGCGCCGGCUCAGCCCGCUCCCGAGGAGGCCGAGGGCGCCGAGGACCGCACCCCCUCGCCGCCCGCCGCCCAGGAGCCGUCCAGGACGCCCGCGCCCGCGCCCACGGGGCCCCCCGAGUCCCCCGCGGCGCCCGCCGGCCGCUCGCUCGUGCAGAGGGACAUCCAGGCCUUCCUGAACCAGUGCGGGGCCAGCCCCGGGGAGGCGCGCCACUGGCUCUCGCAGUUCCAGACCUGCCACCACCCGUCGGACAGGCCCUUCGCCGUCAUCGAGGUGGAGGAGGACGUGCUCAAGACCCCCGAGGACGUGGCCACCCUGGCCUUCGCGCUCGCCUUCCUGCAGCGCAUGGACAUGAAGCCGCUGGUGGUCCUGGGCCUGCCGGCUCCCACGGCGCCCUCGGGCUGUCUGUCCUUCUGGGAGGCCAAGGCGCAGCUGGCCCAGAGCUGCAAGGUGCUGGUGGACGCGCUGCGGCACAAUGCAGCCCCGGCCGUGCCCUUCUUUGGCGGGGGGUCCGUGCUGAGUGCCGCCGAGCCAGCGCCGCAUGCCAGCUACGGCGGCAUUGUGGCGGUGGAGACCGACCUGCUGCAGUGGUGCCUGGAGUCCGGCAGCGUCCCCAUCCUGUGCCCCAUCGGGGAGACGGCCGCGCGCCGCUCCGUGCUCCUGGACUCGACGGAGGUGACCGCGUCGCUGGCGAAGGCGCUGCAACCCACCAAAAUCAUCUUCCUCAACACUACCGGCGGCCUGCGCGACAGCAGUGACACGGUCCUGAGUAAAGUGAACCUGCCGGGUGACCUGGACCUGGUGACCAAUGCCGAGUGGAUGAGCACCAAGGAGAGGCAGCAGAUGCGGCUCAUCGUGGAUGUGCUCAGCCGCCUGCCCCACCACGCCUCGGCCGUCAUCACGGCGGCCAGCUCGCUGCUCACUGAGCUCUUCAGUAACAAGGGCUCAGGGACCCUGUUCAAGAACGCUGAGCGGAUGCUGCGAGUGCACAGCCUGGACAGCCUGGACCAGCACCGCCUGGUGACCCUGGUGAAUACCAGCUUCGGCAAGAAGCUCCGGGACGACUACUUGGCCUCGCUGCGCCACCGGCUGCACUCCAUCUACUUCUCCGAGGGAUACAACGCAGCCGCCAUCCUGACCGUGGAGCCGGUCCUGGGAGGCACCCCAUAUCUGGACAAGUUUGUGGUGAGCUCCAGCCGCCAGGGCCAAGGCUCGGGGCAGAUGCUGUGGGAAUGCCUUCGCAGGGACCUGCAGACGCUUUUCUGGCGCUCCAGGGUCACCAACCCCAUCAACCCGUGGUACUUCAAGCAUAGCGAUGGCAGCUUCUCCAACAAGCAGUGGAUCUUCUUCUGGUUUGGCCUAUCUGAUAUCCGGGACUCCUAUGAACUGGUCAACCAUGCCAAAGGGUUGCCAGACUCCUUCUGCAAGCCAGCUUCUGACCCAGGCAGCUGA